AUGGCAUCUCAAACCCACCCCAGGCUCGGAUGGAUAGGACUCGGCUCCAUGGGUCUAGCCAUGGCUACAAACCUGCAGAAACAUCUCAAAGCAAAUUCCGCAGCACCUCUGCAUUUCACAAAUCGAACACUGUCACGUGGUGCACCUUUAGAAAAGUUGGGAGGCGUGCCUAUUGCUAGUGUUAGCGAGGUGCUUAAAGGGUCAGAUAUUAUAUUUUUAUCACUCAGUGACGACGCAGCUCUCCAAAGCAUUGUAUCGCAAAUCCUCACACCCCCUUCUGGAUCCUUAGCAGGGAAAAUUAUCGUGGAUACAACGACUGUGCAUCCUGAUACCACUUCGUCUAUCGCAAGUACACUUACAGAGGCUGGAGCUCUAUUCGUAGCUGCACCCGUCUUCGGCGCCUCCCCCGUAGCAGCUACGGGCCAACUGCUAUUCAUCGUCGCCGGUCCUCAAAAGGCACUUGAUGCAAUCAAACCGUUUCUGAAAGGUGUGAUGGGCAGGGGUGUUAUUGAGCUAGGAGAAGAUGCGUCCAAAGCAAGCUUGAUGAAGACAUCGGGGAACUUUAUCACCGCGGCUAUGAUGGAGAUGAUCUCAGAAGCCCACGUAUUUGCAGAGAAAACGGGGCUAGGGAGCGAGAAUAUGGAGAUGUUGAUUAAGGAGAAUUACGGGGAGUUGGCGUAUACUAUGAGCAAGAGACUUACGACUGGAGCUUAUUGUCCACCGAAGGGAGAGAGUCCGUGGAGUGAUCUCGGGUUGGGGAUCAAGGAUGUGGGAAUUGGGAUUAGUUGCGCGGAAAAGGCAGGGACGCGGUUGAAGGUUGGGGAGGUGGCGCUGGGGCAUUUGAAAGAGGCAAGUGUGUGGGCGGAGGAAGAGGGGGUGGGGAGGAAGUUGGAUUCUAGUAGUAUGUUUGGGGUUAUUAGACGGGAUGCUGGGUUGGAGUUUCAGACGGAGGGGGUUAAGGAGAGGGAUUCUUGA